CUUCCUGGUGUGACUGCUGGGAAGAACGCAGUCCUGCAUCAAAGAUGGCAAAUUCUCAACACACAUUUGGUUCUUUUAUGGUUAAAAUCUUGGACUAAUAAUCAACAAUUGGUCAGAAGAGAAAGUUGAAGGCGGGUGGUUGCUGUCGUCGCGCUACACACCUCCUGCUCUCUGAGCGCUAAUUUGUCCCACCAUAGUGCUAGCUGGUUAGCGCAAAUAGUAAAUAUUAGCUUCUCGGGCGAGCUUGCUCAUUGUGGAUUGCUAAAAUGGCCACAAUGGAGAAGCUAAUGAAGGCUUUUGAGUCUCUGAAGACUUUUCAGCAGCAGCAGGGACCACCGACUGCAGAGGAGCUCGUUCAGAAACAGAAAAAGGAGCAAGCAGCAACAAAAAAGGACCGAGUGACCCACUGCCUAACCAUAUGUGAAAACAUUGUGGCUCAGUCAUUAAGAACAUCCCCAGAGUUUCAGAAACUGCUCGGGAUCGCCAUGGAGAUGUUUCUUCUCUGCAGUGAUGACAGUGAAUCAGAUGUCCGUAUGGUGGCUGAUGAGUGCCUGAAUAAAAUCAUCAAAGCACUGAUGGACUCAAACUUACCAAGACUACAGCUGGAGCUGUACAAAGAAAUAAAAAAGAACGGUGCCUCACGGAGUCUGAGGGCGGCUUUGUGGAGGUUUGCUGAGCUAGCUCAUCUCAUCCGACCGCAGAAAUGCAGACCAUAUUUGGUCAACCUGCUGCCAUGCCUCACACGGAUCGCAAAGCGUCAGGAGGAAUCAGUGCAGGAGACACUGGCUGCAGCCAUCCCCAAGAUCCUGUCAGCCUUGGGGAACUUUGCUAAUGAUGGCGAAGUCAAGGUGUUGCUGAGGUCAUUUAUUGCCAACCUGAAGUCCUGCUCCCCCACCAUCAGACGGACAGCAGCCAGCUCUGCGGUCAGCGUGUGCCAACACUCCAGACGCACCAGCUACUUCUACACAUGGCUCCUCAAUGUGCUGCUUGGCUUGGUGCUUCCAGUGGAUGACGAACACCCCAGCCAUCUUAUUCUGGGGGUGCUGUUAACUCUUCGCUACCUGAUGCCUCUGCUGCAGCACCAAGUAAACACCAUCAGCCUCAAAGGGAGCUUUGGAGUGAUGAGGAAGGAGGCCGAUGUUCAGCCAACACCUGAGCAGCUCCUACAGGUCUAUGAGCUGACCCUACACUACACGCAGCAUUGGGACCAUAACGUGGUCACAGCUGCCCUGGAGCUUCUGCAGCAGAUGUUUAGGACGCCUCCGCCAGAGCUUCUGCACAUGCUCAUCACAGUCGGCAGCGUUCCUCAUGCCACCGUGUUUCGUCAGGACACCGAGAGCCGAGCACGCUCAGGGAGCAUUGUUGAGCUCAUCGCAGGGGGAGGGUCUUCCUGCAGUCCACUUCUUCUCAGGAAGCAGAGAGGUAAGAUUCUUUCUGGAGAAGAGGAUGGGUUGGAGGACGACUCCGAGAGAGCAGAGGUCCCUGCUGGAGCCUUCACAGCGGAUGGAUCCUCUACCACUCAGGUGGACAUUAUCACAGAGCAGCCCCGCUCUUCCCAACGCACCCUACAGCCCGGGGACUCUGUGGACCUCAGUGCAUCCUCGGAGCAGGGCGGCGGAGGCGGGACAUCCCCUGAAUCAAACAACGAAAACGAGGAGGAGAUGCUUAGCCGAAGCUCCAGCGGUGCCAACGUUACACCAGAGACGGCCGACUACACAACACCGGAAAACGCCACUCCUGAAUGCGGGGACCCGCUAGAAGGCGUGGCGGCGCUAGGCUCUAACGACCGAUCACUUCCACCCAGUGAUUCCUCUCAGACGACCACAGAGGGGCCGGACUCGGCUGUUACCCCUUCAGAUGUAGCGGAACUGGUCCUGGAUGGCAGCGAGAGCCAGUACUCUGGCAUGCAGAUAGGAACACUACAGGAUGAAGAAGAUGAAGGAGCAGCAGCAUCCUCCUCCCAGGAAGAACCAUCAGAGCCAUUCUUGCAAUCAGCCCUCGCCCUGAGUAAGCCUCACCUGUUUGACGGCAGAGGUCACAAUCGCCAGGGAUCAGACAGCAGCGUGGACCGCUUCAUCCCAAAGGAAGAACCUGCAGAACCCGAACCUGAUAAUAAACCGUCACGGAUUAAGGGUCCGAUUGGACACUAUACAGACCAGAGGGCGGAGCCACUUGUGCACUGUGUGCGACUUCUUGCUGCUUCCUUUCUUCUCACAGGCCAAAAAAAUGGGUUGAUCCCUGAUAAAGAGGUGCGAGUGAGUGUGAAGGCCUUGGCGGUCAGCUGUGUUGGAGCAGCAGCAGCGCUGCAUCCUGAAGCUUUCUUUAACUCUCUCUACCUGGAGCCACUGGAUGGCCAACCGGUUGCAGAGCAGCAGUACGUCAGUGACGUUCUGGGUCUUAUUGCACACGGAGACCCUCAGAUCAGAGGCGCCACAGCCAUUCUCUGUGGUGCCAUCAUCCAAGCCGCGCUUACCAAAACACGUUACAACAUACACACUUGGCUGGCCAGUGUGCAAAGUGCAACAGGUAACCCCCUGUCCCUGGUGGAUUUGGUGCCUUUGCUUCAGAAAGCUUUAAAAGAUGAGUCCUCUGUCACCUGCAAGAUGGCUUGUGCUGCAGUCAGGCACUGCAUCAUGACGCUGUGCAGCAGUACACUGAGCGAGCUCGGCCUGCAGCUGGUGAUAGACCUCUUUGUUCUGCGGGACUCUUCCUACUGGCUUGUUCGCACUGAGCUCCUGGAGACUCUUUCUGAGUUAGACUUCAGAUUGAUCAAUUUCUUGGAGAGGAAAACGGAAACUUUACACAAAGGAGAUCAUCACUACACUGGGCGCCUGCGGAUCCAGGACAGGGUCCUAAAUGAUGUAGUCAUACAUCUGUUGGGAGAUGACGAUCCUAGAGUGCGACACGUAGCAGCCUCUGCUGUCAGCAGACUAGUUCCACGAUUGUUCUUUGACUGCGACCAAGGCCAGGUGGACCCAGUGGUGGCGAUUGCACGGGACCAGAGCUCAGUCUACCUGCAGCUACUUAUGCAUGAGACACAACCCCCCUCCCAGUUCACAGUCAGCACGAUCACAAGGACGUAUCGGGGCUACAGCUUCUCUAACUCAGUGUCUGACGUCACCUUGGAAAACAACUUGUCCAGAGUUGUUACUGCAGUCUCCCAUGCUUUCACAUCUUCUACCUCCAGAGCGCUAACCUUUGGCUGCUGUGAGGCCUUGUGCCUCCUGGCGUCACAUUUUCCUGUUGGUUCUUGGAGCACAGGCUGGCACUGUGGCUACGUUAGCUCCAGCAGCAACUUUUCCUCUCGCUCUAGCCUGAGCCGCAGCAGAGGCAGAACCCUGAGCUUGUCUCAGAGCAGCAGUGCUUCAGCCUCCUCAGCACCCCCCUCAUCUGCAGGGGACUCUGAGCGGAGGACACUGACUGUAGGAGUGGCCAACAUGGUGCUCUCCUUGCUGUCUUCUGCGUGGUUUCCUCUGGAUCUCUCUGCACACCAAGAUGCACUUUUGCUCUGUGGCAAUCUGCUUGCUGCGGUGGCUCCUAAAUGCUUACGCAACCCCUGGGCUGGAGAGGAGGAAGGAAGUUCUGGGAACCCCAACCCAGGCCCAAAUAAAAUAGAGGAACCCUGGGCGGCGCUGUCAGAGCGCUCCCUGGUGGCCAUGGUGGAACAGCUGUUUUCUCAUCUGCUAAAGGUUCUCAACAUCUGCGCCCACGUGCUGGACGACACGCCACCAGGACCAGCAGUGAAGGCUGCGCUCCCGUCUCUGAGUAACACCCCGUCCCUCAGUCCCAUCCGCAGGAAAGGGAAGGAGAAGGAGACGGCUGAGCCAAACACUGCCCCCAUGAGCCCAAAGAAGAGCAACGAAAUCAACACAGCAGGCAGGCAAACGGACAGCACAGCAUCAGCAGCAGUGAAUAAAUCGAUCACCCUGGGCAGCUUCUACCACCUUCCUCCCUACCUGAAGCUCUACGAUGUACUGAAAGCCACACAUGCCAACUAUAGGGUGACUUUGGAUCUUUACAGUAACCAGGAGAAGUUUGGUGGUUUUCUGCAUGCUGCCUUGGAUGUUUUGUCUCAAUUGCUGGAGCUGGCCACACUUCAUGACAUCGGAAAGUGUGUAGAGGAGAUCCUGGGCUACCUGAAGUCCUGUUUCUCCAGAGAACCGACCAUGGCCACAGUUUGUGUGCAGCAGUUAUUGAAGACGCUGUUUGGGACCAACCUGGCUUCCCAAUAUGAAAGCGUGCUGAGCGGACCCAGCCGCUCCCAGGGCAAAGCGCUCCGCCUUGGCUCCUCCAGUCUGCGCCCUGGCCUCUACCACUACUGCUUCAUGGCUCCGUAUACACACUUCACGCAGGCGCUGGCUGAUGCUAGCCUCCGCAACAUGGUACAGGCCGAACAGGAGCAGGAUGCCUCUGGAUGGUUUGACGUGAUGCAAAAAGCGUCCAAUCAACUGAGAUCUAACAUUGCAAAUGCUACACGUCAGCGGGGAGACAAGAAUGCCAUUCACAACCACAUCCGUCUGUUUGAGCCGCUCGUGAUCAAAGCCUUGAAGCAGUACACCACCAGCACCUCUGUGGCCCUGCAGAGACAGGUGCUGGACCUGCUGGCCCAGCUGGUGCAGCUCAGAGUCAACUACUGCCUGCUGGACUCGGAUCAGGUGUUCAUAGGCUUCGUCCUAAAGCAGUUUGAGUAUAUUGAAGUGGGGCAGUUCAGGGAUUCUGAAGCCAUCAUUCCCAACAUCUUCUUUUUCCUGGUGCUGCUGUCUUAUGAACGAUACCACUCCAAGCAGAUCAUCAGCAUCCCAAAGAUCAUCCAGCUGUGUGACGGCAUCAUGGCAAGCGGCAGGAAAGCCGUCACCCAUGCCAUUCCUGCCUUGCAGCCCAUAGUUUAUGACCUUUUUGUGUUGAGAGGCUCAAACAAAGCAGAUGCAGGCAAAGAGCUGGAGACCCAGAAGGAAGUGGUGGUGUCCAUGCUUCUCAGACUUGUACAGUACCAUCAGGUGCUGGAGAUGUUUAUCCUUGUUCUGCAGCAGUGUCACAAAGAAAACGAGGACAAGUGGAAGAGACUGUCGAGGCAGAUCGCAGAUGUUAUCCUUCCUAUGAUUGCAAAGCAGCAGAUGCUCCUGGACUCUCCAGAGGCGUUAGGUGUGUUAAACACUCUGUUUGAGACCGUGGCCCCCUCCUCUCUCAGACCUGUUGACAUGUUGCUCAAGAGCAUGUUUACUAUCCCUGUCACCAUGGCAUCCGUCGCUACUGUCCAGCUGUGGGUUUCUGGAAUCCUGGCCGUGCUUAGAGUAUUAGUGUCCCAGUCCACUGAGGACAUUGUCCUGUCCCGGGUCCAUGAGUUGUCUCUCUCUCCACACCUCCUCUCCUGCUACACGAUUCGUCGCCUGCAUCAGCAGAGCCCCUCCUCCAGUGACCCACCUGCUGCUGAAACGGGCUGCAACCAGGAAGCCAACGGAGACCCACAGAAGGUUCCACCUGAAGAAACCUUUGCAAGGUUCCUUCUUCAGCUAGUAGGAGUGUUACUGGACGAUAUCUCCAGCAGACGGAUUAAAGUGGACAUCACCGAGCAGCAGCACACCUUUUACUGCCAGCAGCUGGGAACGUUGCUCAUGUGUCUCAUACACGUCUUUAAAAGCGGAAUGUUUCGCAGGAUCACAGCUGCAGCCAGUCGUCUCCUGAAGGGCGAGGCCGGUUCGGAGACCGGUCUCUACUACCCUUUAGAAGGACUCAAUUGCAUGUUCCAGAGUCUCGUCACCACCCAUCCGCCUUUGGUGCUGUUGUGGUGCCAGGUUCUCCUCAUUAUCAACUACACAAACUAUUCAUGGUGGACUGAGGUUCAUCAGACACCCAGGGGGCAUAGCCUCUCAUGCACUAAGCUGUUAAGUCCACAUUCCUCUGGGGAAGGUGAAGAAGAAAAGCCAGAGUCCCGGCUAGCGAUGGUCAACAGGGAGAUCGUACGCAGGGGAGCCCUAAUUCUCUUCUGUGACUAUGUGUGUCAGAAUCUCCACGACUCGGAGCAUUUGACCUGGCUGAUCGUCAACCACGUGCGCGACCUAAUCAGCCUUUCCCAUGAGCCUCCAGUACAAGAUUUCAUCAGCGCUAUCCACCGCAACUCUGCUGCCAGUGGUCUCUUCAUUCAGGCGAUCCAGUCUCGAUGUGACAAUCUCACCACUCCCACCAUGCUGAAGAAGACGUUGCAGUGUUUGGAAGGCAUCCACCUCAGUCAGUCUGGGUCUCUUCUCAUGCUCUACGUAGACAAGCUACUCAAUACGCCCUUCAGGGUUUUGGCACGCAUGGUGGAUACGCUAGCAUGCCGCAGAGUAGAAAUGUUGCUGGCUGAGACAUUACAGAACAGCAUAGCCCAGCUGCCUGUGGAGGAACUGGAGAGAAUCCAGGAAUACCUCCAGACCAGCGGAUUAGCUCAAAGGCAUCAGAGGUUCUACUCCCUGCUGGACAGGUUCAGAGCCACUGUCGCUGACACCAGUAGCCCGAAACCUCCAGUGACGUCCCACCCUCUGGAUGGGGAUCCUCCUAUACCCCCUGAAAAUGUUGCUGCAGACAAGGAGUGGUAUGUUGCUCUGGUGAAGUCCCAGUGCUCGCUUGGUGGAGAUGUUUCCUUACUGGAGACAACAGAACUACUCACUAAAUUACCUGCUGCUGAUCUGCUGAGUGUCAUGAGCUGCAAGGAUUUUAAUCUUGGUCUGUUGUGUCCAUGCCUGAGUUUGGGGGUGCAGCGGUUAACCCGGGGUCAGGGGUCUCUGUUGUUGGAGACAGCCUUGCAGGUGACCUUAGAGCAGCUGGCUGCAGUUACUGGGUCACUUCCUGUCCCCCACCAGCCCUUCCUGCCACCACCUGAACCCCAGACGUACUGGAACCAGCUGGGGGAUGUGUACGAUGAGCCGGGUUUCUAUCCCAGGGUUUUGGCGCUGUGCAGGGCUUUGUCCCAGUAUUUGUUGAGUGUGAAUCAGCUGCCUUCAUCACUACAUAUUCCCUCUGACAAGGAGCACCUCAUCACGUCUUUCACCUGCACGGCUGCAGAGGUGGUUGUAUGGCGGCUGCUUCAGGACCACUUGCCACUGAGUGUGGACCUACAGUGGGCUCUCUCCUGUCUGUGCCUGGCCUUGCAGCAGCCCUGUGUGUGGAACAAGCUCUCUACCUUCGAGUACAAGACACACACCUGCUCCCUCAUCUACUGCCUACACCUCAUCAUCGCUGCUGUGGCUGUGCAUCCCGGUGAGCGGCUGCUGCCUUCAGAGAAGAAAAAAGCUCAAGGAGAAAGAGACGAUGAAGAUCAGCUGGACUCAGCCCAUCCUAACAAUGAGUGUGAGUGGCGAGCAUGUGAGAUCAUGGCAGAGCUGGUGGAAGGACUGCAGAGCGUCCUCUCCUUGGGUCACCCUAAAAACUCUGCAUUUCCCGUUUUCCUCACACCGACGUUAAGAAACAUCAUCAUCAGCAUUUCACGUCUGCCACUGGUCAACAGCUACACAAGAGUACCUCCACUGGUAUGGAAGCUGGGCUGGUCCCCUCAGGCAGGAGGAGAAUUCGGCACUACGCUCCCAGAGAUCCCUGUGGACUUCCUACAGGAAAAGGAUGUCUUCAGGGAAUUCCUGUACCGCAUCAACACCUUGGGCUGGAGCAGCAGGACUCAGUUUGAGGAGACCUGGGCUACUCUGUUAGGGGUGCUGGUUACCCAACCAAUCACCAUGGACCAAGAAGAAGAGACGCAACAAGAGGAGGACCUGGAGCGUACCCAGUUAAAUGUGUUAGCAGUGCAGGCUAUCACCAGCCUGGUGCUGAGUGCCAUGACCCUUCCCACUGCUGGCAACCCUGCGGUCAGCUGUCUGGAACAGCAGCCCCGAAACAAAAGCCUUAAAGCUCUGGAAACACGGUUUGGAAGGAAACUCGCUGUCAUUCGGGGGGAAGUAGAGCGAGAGAUUCAGGCUCUAGUGUCAAAGAGGGACAAUGUCAGCACACACCACCCAUACCACGCCUGGGACCCUGUGCCCUCACUGUCAGCAGCCUCUGCAGCAGGUACGCUGAUCAGCCACGAGAAGCUGCUGCUUCAGAUCAACACAGAAAGGGAGCUGGGAAACAUGGAUUACAAACUGGGGCAGGUCUCCAUCCAUUCAGUCUGGUUGGGUAAUAACAUCACUCCUCUUAGGGAGGAGGAGUGGGGUGAGGAUGAAGAAGAUGAAGCAGACACACCGGCACCUGCCUCUCCACCUUUAUCACCUAUAAAUUCAAGGAAGCACCGUGCAGGCGUGGAUAUUCAUUCAUGUUCUCAGUUUCUCCUGGAACUCUACAGCCAGUGGUUGAUCCCAGGCUCUCCCGGUAACAGGAGGACGCCCACCAUCCUCAUCAGUGAAGUCGUCCGAUCGCUGCUGGCGGUAUCGGACCUGUUCACAGAGAGGAACCAGUUUGACAUGAUGUUCUCCACUCUGAUGGAACUCCAGAAGCUUCAUCCACCUGAAGACGAGAUCCUGAAUCAGUACCUUGUGCCCGCCAUCUGUAAGGCUGCUGCUGUGUUAGGCAUGGAUAAAGCGAUAGCUGAGCCUGUGUGUCGUCUGUUGGAGACGACCCUGCGGAGUACUCACCUGCCCAGCCGCAUGGGGGCCCUGCACGGGGUGCUCUAUGUGUUGGAGUGUGACCUGCUGGAUGACACAGCCAAGCAGCUCAUCCCCACAGUCUCUGAGUACCUUCUGUCAAACCUCCGGGCGAUCGCUCACUGUGUGAACCUGCAUAACCAGCAGCAUGUGUUGGUGAUGUGUGCGGUGGCCUUCUAUAUGAUGGAGAACUACCCUCUGGAUGUUGGAGCCGAGUUCAUGGCUGCAGUUAUACAGUUAUGUGGCGUGAUGGUGUCAGCCAGCGAGGACUCCACUCCCUCCAUCAUCUAUCACUGUGUUCUGCGGGGGUUGGAGCGCCUCCUGCUGUCAGAGCAGCUCUCCCGCGUCGAUGGCGAAGCCCUGGUCAAACUCAGCGUGGACCGAGUCAACAUGCCGUCCCCUCACCGAGCCAUGGCUGCUCUGGGCCUCAUGCUCACCUGCAUGUACACUGCGGUGCUCGCGUCGGGUUCAGAUGCGACAGGGGUUAGAGGUCAGGUUGACUGUGCUGUUGCGGAGGCGGUUGGCGUCACGGCGGGUCAUGUUGGUUUCUCCUCAGGCAAGGAGAAAGCCAGCCCCGCCAGCCGCCCCCCUCACUCAGACCCACAGGCCCCGGACAGCGAGUCGGUCAUUGUUGCCAUGGAGAGGGUCUCUGUGCUCUUCGACAGGAUCAGGAAGGGUUUACCCAGCGAGGCUCGGGUUGUGUCCAGGAUUCUACCCCAGUUUCUAGAUGACUUCUUUCCGCCGCAGGACGUAAUGAACAAAGUCAUCGGAGAGUUCCUUUCCAAUCAGCAGCCAUACCCCCAGUUUAUGGCCACUGUUGUCUACAAGGUAUUCCAGACGCUCCAUGCUACGGGCCAGUCUUCCAUGGUGCGUGACUGGGUGCUGCUGUCUUUGUCCAACUUCACACAGAGGACACCGGUCGCCAUGGCCAUGUGGAGUCUGUCCUGCUUCUUCGUCUCUGCUUCCACCUCCCAGUGGAUAUCUGCCCUCCUUCCACAUGUGAUCAGCCGGAUGGGCUCCAGUGACGUAGUGGACGUCAACCUGUUCUGCCUGGUCGCCAUGGAUUUCUAUAGACACCAGAUCGACGAGGAGCUGGACCGCAGGGCUUUUCAGUCUGUCUUUGAGACAGUGGCCUCUCCGGGGAGCCCCUAUCACCAGCUGCUGGGCUGUCUGCAGUCCAUCCACCUGGAAGCAUCACUCUGAAGGGAACAAACCGAGACGGGCACAGAGGGAAGGCCGGGAGGCAAAGUGAAUUAGAGUGAUGAGUAAUUCAAUCUGCAUGUCGGGCUCCCUGAUAAACUGUGAUGGAGGUUAAACAACAGGAAGUUCAUUCAGCGAUGCUGCCGAAGCUACAGUCUCUGCACCUGAACCCACUCGUGCGAAGUCAGCGGCACAAGUACACCAAUGAAGAAGGAGAUUUUAGAUUGAUGCAUUUGGAGGAGCAGAUCCCUGCCUGUAUGUGAAGGAAGCUGCUUCCAGCUCCUGCAGAUUGUUCUGCACACCCCCCCUCCCCACACGCAGCACUUUUUCUUUAACAAGAGAAAAAUGUAAAUUAAAUACAAAACGGCUUUGUUUCUUUCGCUGGUAGGAUUUGCUUAUGUAUUGUGAUGUCAGUGAAGUAAAAUAGAAACAAAAGUAUUUGCUAUAUUUAAAGUUUCGACGCAUCUAUUUUUGAGUGAAUUUUCCUAAAAAGUUGCUUCGACGGGACGUUGUAAACGGGGCUGACACACAUGGGGUCAGAUAGGCCUGACCGAUCAUGUUAAUAGUUAUUCUAUUUAAGUUGCGUGUGUCUACCUUCAGACAGGUGGAAGGUUAAAAACAGUAACCAAUCUCUAUGUGCGGAUGCUAAUCCUGUUUUUGUUUUUCUUUGCCAUUGAUGUGGGGAACUUCUUCUACUUGCUACUGCAGAAAGUAACAAGUUGCCAUACCCACCCUGGAUGUUGUAUAUGGGGGGAAGGAUCUAAACGGGUAUAUCUAGUUAGUUAGUGAUUUAAAGUCAGCUUUUGCCUCCGUUCGUCUAAGUUAUGUCAUUUUAACAGUUUAACCAUCCUACUAUGUCAGUGUCCAACUGUUCAGGACGAAAAAUAAUUUUUUUUCUUAAAUCCAGCAGCAGGCAGGUGCAAAUCAUUCCCCUUAUGAUUUUAUGAAUUAUUUAAAAUCUACCCAGAUUCUCUUUUUAUUAUAAUUAUUAACUGCAGAUCUAAAUAUAAUCCGUUCUACUUUUUUAGUCUCAGGAUGUUGGAUGUGACUUUAUAAGUAUUGUUAUCAGACUGGAAGUAGUUUCCAGUCUUUAUGUGGAGAUACCUUCUUAUUCUGUAAAAGAAUAAAUAAAUAU